GUGGUCACAGUAUUCCCUGUGUCAGGAAUGGACUCAGCACUGGUGGUGGGACUCCCCUGCCGUGUGGGCUGCAGUACCAGAGCUGACCAGCGGGUGCUCUCAGCACUGGUGGUGGGACUCGCCUGCCGUGUGGGCUGCAGUACCAGAGCUGACCAGCGGGUGCUGUCAGCACUGGUGGUGGAACUCACCUGCCGUGUGGGCUGCUGUACCAGAGCUGACCAGCGGGUGCUCUUAGCAGCCAGAAGCUCACAAUCAGCCAAACCUGGGGCUGAUUACAGAAAGGUGUAUAUAAGGCAUGACCAGGUCUGUGCUCUGGGCCUUGGUGUAUGUUUUCCCAUGAGCCUCUGUACCUGUAUUCCUGCUUCGUUGCUGACCCGGCUU